AGCUAAUUAGCUAAGUUUGACAAAGCUCUGAAUCUACUUAGGAGGGAGCAAAGCCAAAGUCGCGGAAAGAACUUUGAAGAUGCAAUCUCUGUUUCCUGCUUAACGAAACCCUUCUCUUUUGAAGCAGUUCUCAAUCUGAAAAUGUUGCAGAUUCGCCUUCUGAAGUUCUCUUUGCUUUUAGUUUUAUUUCUGACAGGUUUUCAAGAGAAAGCAUGGUCUUUCGAAGGAGAACUUUCAACCAUUUUGGGAAAACAAAGAAGUAAAGACCACUCAAAUGCUCAAAUGGAGUCGACCGUAGCUACACUGCCACCUCUGACAAGAAAAACGCAACCGCUGUACCUCCACUUUACACAUAUUCAGCAAGCAUCUUCAAAGAUAUCAGCUUCGGCUCAGAAUAAACCAAGAACUGCAAAACUAUCUGGGUUCCUACCCAACAGCAGGUUCAGACGGGAGCCAGACUUCAUCCCACCAGCUGCAGAUGGUCCUCCCUCUUUUAGAGACUUCACUACUGAAACACGUUUGGCCAAGCUGGCAGCACCGCAGCCCAGAGGGACUGGAGUGGUUGACAGUGUAGAAAUGAGAGCCUCAGAACGUAUAAGCUUGUCAGGAGAACUCCCUCUCUCGAGUUGGUUGACAGAUUCAUCCUAUUUAAAGAUGGCUAAAGUGGGUCACACAAAUCAGCUUUGCACAGGGAUCCAUUGUCCACAAAAGGAUAACAAUGGGCCAUCUCAGCUUGCAGAAAUAGUCUGUAAGCAGUGCUUUUACAGAAGAAAUUGCCCCAUCACCAGCUUUUCCUCCAGCCCUGGAUCGAGAUCUUCCUGUAGACCAGGACACGUCAGUGUCAGAUAUACCUAAUGCCAAAAUGGAGGCUGGACCUUUAGGUUCACCUAGUAAAGAUCAAAAGAUUCAUAAAACCACAACAUAUAUGCACCAUAAACUGUUUAAAAGAGAAAACAUUGACUUUGGACCCAGACUUGAAAAUGAUGUGUUGAUACCUAUGUUCCCAUUACCAGUGAAUAUUGAGAACGUCACUGAAGGGUCCAGCACUGUGAGGCCAGGCAGCUGUCAUAAUCGGUCCCAUAAGAAAGCCACAAUCCAAGGGAUCCUUUCAGGGCAACCUGCCAGUUUGCUGGAAGCCUUGGGCAAGUCUGCUGGGGGUCUGUCUUUGAAUCAAAAUCUAGUGGUUGAUCCCAAGGAUGAAAAGUUUAAAGAUCUACAAUACAGAAGAGCAAUUGCAGUUUUCACUUGUACCUCAAACCCUUCUCCUUUAAGCCCAAAUACUUCUCAUAAAACACCCAGCACACAAAGAACAUUAACCAACAGAACUAGUACUUCAUCUAUAUUGGGGUCACUGAAUGUUGCUGCCCAUAUGGUAACAGUGAGCAGUCCCACUGAGUCUAUUACUACGCCCUCAUUUUGUAGCAUUUUUAUAUGGCAGCUGUCCUGAAACACUAUGUAUGAAUGUGUUAAUUAAAUGGAAUAGAAGCUAGCAAGCCUCUGAAACAUUAUCAGGACAGUGCUACAGGUUGUAGUCAGUGAAGUGGUCACACCGUCGCUUUGUUUGUGAAAAUUCAUCAUGCAUGACUCCCUGAGAACUGUUCUGGGUGAUACAGUAUUCACUUCCUUCAGUGUUUGGGUCGUUGUGCAAAAAACACAAGUGAAGCAACAGCAUCAAGCACAAAAUCAAGUACCUGGUCAACCAUAUCUGCUAUGCCUUGCAAGAUUGCUCCUACAACAUCAAUAAUGUGAGCUUUUAUCUUCUGCAACAUUACAGGGGAAUGGUAGCACACUACUCUCUGAAAGCAAGCCUACUACAGAAUCAUCUACUGCUAAAUCCACCUCGGUCUCUGGAGUGCUUCAAAGUUCAACAAUACCAAUAUCCAGAUCUUCAGUUUCUCCGAGUACUACACCACUUCCCAUAAGACCAUUAUACAACAAAAACUUCAGGUACUCAAGAAAUGAGUGGCCCUCCAACAGGUACCUCUGUGUUCCAUUCAUCAGCCUCCAUAUUAAAUUUCAACACAAGUGACGGUCUUUCAACAUUAGAAAUUACAAGUGGAACUAAAACAGUGUUUUCAAGCACUGUACACACUAUAUCUAAACUACUUCCAGAGCUAUCAAAGACAACUGACCUUUCCCUAAAGCAACCCUUUGACACAGAUCCUACCAGGUCUCGAGGUAUCGGUGAAAUGGGCAUUCCAGUAAAAACACAACCAGUGCUUAGAGCAAAAUUAACAACAUGGCACCAAAGACUGUCAACACAUUCCUCAUGGAUCACUCUUCAUUUGAUGGCUGGCAGCCAGUUGGGAGAUAUUUCAAUCACAGAAAAGCUUCCUGGUACCCCAAGUUCACAUUCCAGUUCCGCCACCAGUGAUGGGCUUUCAACAAAGUCAAGCACGUUGUCUGCACUGCAGGGACAACCCUCCAGGAAGACUGCGACUCAGCUUGUCAAUGAAUUAAGCAUUCCAUUGGCAAGAUCUGCUAGCCCUCGAACAAGGGGGUCAAGUCUGUCACCUCUGUCCUCACUGACCACUCUCGAUGUUGGAGCUAGUACCCAGUCAGCUUCUACUUCAGUUACAGCAAAGAUGAUUGGCUCUCUGACGAGUACUCCUAUUCCAUGUCCUCCUUGCUCCUCUUCUCAUUCCACUGCAAGGGAUGAGGUGUCACCUAAGGAACGCCAAAGUAAUGCAAAUAAACUGUUCUCAAGCACUGCAUCCACUUUAUCAGCAGAGCUUCCUAAAGUGUUGUAUACAGUGUCAAAGAUGACUGGCCCUUCUCCAGGACAAGCCUUUCUCAUGGAUUCCACUAGUGAAAUGACUUAUCAGGCUUCUGUUGAGGGAGUUGAUGAAAUGAGACAUGAAAGUCUUCUAUCGAUGUUCAGGAAAUUGAAGCCUAACCUGUUGACACGGUCAUCUCUGACGAAUGUUGAUGUUUUAGGUACAAGCCAGCCAGUCAAAGUACAGAUUACAAGUAGGACUCGACAAACAAUUUCAUCUUCCUUCACAUCCUAUUCUGCCGUAAGUAAUAGUAUUUUAAGCCAGGGCACUAAGAGUAGAACUUCUAAACUGUUUUUAAUACUGGGAUUCACAAUAUCUGCAAUGCAAAGACAGACCUUUCCCACAGAUCCCAACGGUAAGAUGACAACUGACACUCCUACUUCGGGAGUUGGUGAGACAAGCAAUCCAUUGACCAGAUCUACAGGUCGUCUUGGAACAUUCAUAAGCAUGUCAACGCAGUCAUGCAAGAUUGCCGAUUUGAUGGCUCGUAGCCAGCUGAGGUCUACUUCAGUUCUAGCCAAGAUGAUGGAAAAGGGGUAUGUUCUAAAGAGUUCAAGUUCAUCUCACUCCAAGUCCCAUUUCAGCAGCUCUCCCACAGAACCCACCAAGACUACGCAUUGGAUGGGAACAAGCUAUCCACUGAAAAGCCAUGGAAGUCUUCCAGCAACAUGGAGGCAAAGACUGUCAACUCAGCCUUCACAGACAUCUCUUGAUGUGACUGCACGUAGCCAUUCAGGGCAUACUACAGUCAUGGCAACCAUAAAGGGCUCCCCAACAAGUACCCCAGUGCCAAGUCCAUCUUGCUCCAUAACACAGGAACCCAGGAGUACAACCGCUACACUGUUCUCAAGCACUGCUUAUACAUUAUCUGCACUGUCUCCUGGCAUGUUGCCUACAGCGUUAAAGACUACUGACUAUUCCCAAGUUGGUGAAGCAAGCAAUCUACUUACAAGAUCUGCAGGCCUGGAGCAAAGAGUGUCAAAUCAGUUCUCGCUGACAGAUGUGACUGCUAGCAGCCAUCUGGGGGCUACUUCAGUCACAGCAAAUGCUACUGGCUCUCCAAGUGCCCCAGUUCAAAGUUCAUUUUGAACCCUGCCCCAAUCCAGCACAAGUAAUGGUCCUUCAACACUGCAACCUAGUACACAAUUUCUGAUUGCUAAAACAAUCCCUGCGUUACUGUUGCCUACAUUGCUUCCAGGGAAGUUCCAUUCAGUGUCACAAACUACUGACCAUUCGAAAGGACAAACCCUUCCCACUGAUCCCACCAGUAAGAUACCAUCUCUUCCUAACAGGCAAGCAAAGCUGACUUCAGCCAUAGGCUCUCUAACAAGUACAUUGGUGCCCACAUCCUCUUACUUGACCUCUCCUCCCACUACAGGAGAUGGUCUUUCAAUAGGGAAACCAAGGAGUAAAACUGCUGAGACUGUUCAGCGUUCUCCAGGACAAAUCUUUCCCACAGAUGCCUCCAGUGUGGUGACUGCUGCUCAGAGUGUCGGUGGAACAAGCAAUCCACCGAUGAGAUCUGCAGGUCUUCCAGCAACAUUCACCACUUGGAAGGCAGGACAACCGCCAAGUAGUAGUCCGUCUCUGCCCUUGUCAGUCAAAGCAAAGGCUACUGGAACUCGAACUACCUCUGUGUGAAGUUCAACUCAUUGGUAUACAAUAUAGCCACAGCUCCAGUGAAGGCCUUGCCUCUGCAGUUCAGAUUAAGUGUGGUUGAUGCCAGAGGUACUUGGAAGAAGGCUUAUAAGAAAAAUAAUCUUGAGAGACAAAUCAAAGCAACUGCAAGUAAAAUGAGAACCGGUUAUGGCAAUGGUGUUGUGUGUGGUGGGUUUUUUUUUUUUUUCGGCUAGUGAUGGGGCAGGAAUUUUUAAACCCUGGAAUGUGUAUAUUACUUCUGUUAUGACCGUGUCAUGCUGCACUCUUUGUAUUAUAUAGUGUAUGUUGCCAGACGGCUAUUUACAUUUUGUGUUUGGUGCAAGGAACACCGUCUAGUAUAGUACUCGGGAAUGUCCAUACCAAGUUUCAUCAAAAUUGGAUGAGUGGUUGUGAAGGUUUUCUAAACCAUAUAGGGUUGAAGCGUGCCAAUGCAACUGUGUGGUCAUAGGCCUGUACUGUAUCUCUGCAGUGCAUUGCCAUGACAACAAACCAGGAUCAGCUUUAGAAAUGUUAUCAGUUACAAAAGACAAUAGGUGUACAUUUCUGUACUUUUUGUCAUUUUACGAAAUAUACUCAUUUCACAUACUCUAAUUGUUGUGCUUUAUUGCUAUGUAAUGUACAUUUUUGCUGUGAACAAGGCAUUUACCUUUGUCUCCCUCUAGUGGUAUGUAAUGGAGUUGUUCAUUCUGCUUACUUUCUUUUUCCCUUGGAUGGACUGGGCUUUCACACUUCAGUAUGAUGGUACAUUUCUGGAAACGAGGAUUCACACAUUUUUUCUGGAUGAAGCAGAUCUCCACUCCUCAAGCUGUGCAAGUCACUUCUCAAUUUAACCACCAGAAGGAGCCACUGAGUGAUUGUGGCUGCACAUUUUCUAUUCCUGAAGCUGAGCUUCAUUACACAACAUCACAGCUAUUUAACAGUAUAUGAAGUUUGUUGUCUGUGUUGCUCACUUCUUUUUUUUAUAACCUGGGUCAGUGGGCCAUGGUGUAUUAACAGUUACCUGAAGCCAUCUUUGCCAGUCCAUGUCAUUAUGAGGUAUUCAUCGGCAUAGAACUGGUGUAAACCCCUCAGUACUAUUAGCAAUGACAGUCUGGCCACAGUGCACGGGGAGGAGGUGUUCCGACAGGAAUGCCAGCCCCCCACGAGCUUCGACAUCGUCCGAACCAUCGUCACGUACGCCGAGCGCUUGCCUUCUGGGGGGGGCUCCAUGGAAGAUUGAUAUCUGGUCUGUGGAGUCGAAUGGGUUUAGUCUGACAAACCUGCUUCCCAAGAAGCUGUCAGUCAGGUUUAUGACCCUGCAAAUGGGCCUUGCAUCACCAGGACUCCCUCAGAGUAGAUUCGACAUCCUCCAAGGGCUGAGCAAUAAGGAAGGGCUCUGUCAUUUUGAUGUUGACCUGGUGUUCGCUCCACCUGCUCCAACUCCUAAGGCAGUCCUGGAUUCUCUGCUGGACUCCAUCGAUUCCAAUGAGAGCCUGGGCGGGAGCGCCCUCCAUGUGGAUCGCUACUCUGUCAUAGCCGGGGGUGUGACAGUGGAAAGACCCUUCAAGGAUCAGAAUGUGCCAGGGUACGGAGUUGCCAUCAUUGUUAUGUGUGGACUUGUAUUGAUUGGAGCCCCAUUUCUAAUACUGGCGGUCCUACGUUUCGGAUUGUGCAGAGCCUCGAAAGGAGAGGCUGCUGGGAACAUUGAGAGGAACGUUGAUCAGGAAGACCUGGAGGUUGAGGGGGCAGUGUUCCUCAACACCAGAACACACGUCAACUCUCAGGAUAUCCUGCGCCUGCUCUACAGACUAGCCAACCAGUCUGUGGAUCUGACCAGCCUCAAUGUCAAUGGUAUUGGAGCCGAUGUCCAGAUUGUCCCUCUAAAUUUCCGGAUCCUAAACAGGAAGUACGAAACGGGCCUGCUGGAUCGCACUUCGAAAUAUUUUAAUGCUCUUGGAAAUGAAGCUGGCAGCAGCGUAUAUGCUGUACUCAAGUUAUAUUACAAAACAUUAAUGCAAGUGGUGAUUCGAAAGUUUACGAAGGGCUCUGUCAUUUUGAUGUCUGACCUGGUGUUUGCUCCACCUGCUCCAACUCCUAAGGCAGUCUUGGAUUCUCUGCUGGACUCCAUCGAUUCCAAUGAGAGCCUGGGCGGGAGCGCCCUCCAUGUGGAUCGCUACUCUGUCAUAGCCGGGGGUGUGACAGUGGAAAGACCCUUCAAGGAUUAGAAUGUGCCAGGGUAUGGAGUUGCCAUCAUUGUUAUGUGUGGACUUGUAUUGAUUGGAGCCCCAUUUCUAAUACUGGCGGUCCUACGUUUCGGAUUGUGCAGAGCCUCGAAAGGAGAGGCUGCUGGGAACAUUGAGAGGAACGUUGAUCAGGUCAGGAUGAAUAACCUCAACCCCAGCUCUUCUCACACGUCCUCCUCCUUUGCCCCUUGAGGAAUGCAGUGCAGGUUCCAGCAAGGGAUUAAGCUCCAAUAUCUGUGACGUUUGCAUCACAUAUUCCACUUUACCCAGGAAUAUGCUUUCUUUUACUGCAAGAUACAUUUGAAUGUUCUGUAUGUCAACAAUGCUGCAGUAACUAACAGAAUCUCAUUGUCUUGGUCUCCCAUUGGUUUUAAAGGUGUCUUUAUCAAGCCUUUAAAAAUGCUUUCUUACAUUUAACAUAAUUCUCCAAGCCCUUGUUGUUUUACAGUCCUGGUGCACAGAUGCGCUAGCUUUUUUUACUCCGGUAAACACCUCAACACUCAGUUCAUGGUGGAAGUGCUUUGAUCUCUCUCUGCGUGCUGUGUUACUUGUAAAUAGACCCCACAUUUUGUGCAACGUAGAACACUAGGGUAAGGCCCAGGUGGGAUCCAGUGUCCCCAAACAUAGCAGGUAUUGGCUAUCAUGGUUAGUGAAAAUAAAGUCUGAAAAAAAGAAGGGCUUGUAAGAAUGAGAGUUCCAAAUGAUUACUACCUCAUUAAGGCAGUAAGGUGGUUUAGUGGUUUGAGCAAGAAGUUUACAGCGCUGAGCUCAAGCAGUGAUGCAGAGUACCCGAGCCUCACUCCCACCUUGAUGUACAGGAAAUCACUAGAAAACAGUGCAUUCAAGUAUGUCAGUCAUAAUUAAACAACAACAGUAAUGUUCUGAAGCCAAUGUUCAGCUUGAGUGUGAAUUAUCAACAUGGUCUUAUACUGAGACCUGCUGCUAUUGUUCCCAAGUCUGUUCCAUUUUAAUGUAUGCCUGUGUGGAUGGGGGUGUCAUGCUCUGAGUCAUGGUGCUGACAUGCCAUAUAUAUAUAUAUAUAUAUAUAUAUAUAUAUAUAUAUAUAUAUAUAUAUAUAUAUAUAUAUAUAUAUAUAUAUAUGUGUGUCAGUAUGAAGGAACCUCUUGUAGGCAGUGUCUUGGAACAGUUUGAUUUAUUACUAUGGCAGGAAUAUUGACUACUGCCAUAUCUUCUAUACAGUGAUCUAUCUACAAGUGAAUUGGUCAGUUACCAGUUGUGAUGGAGCGCUGUGUAGUAUAGCUUGCCUGAUACUUCAAAUUGUGUUAUCUAUUUAUAUAUUUCUAUAUCUAAAUAUAUCUAUUUUUAAUUAAUGUAUGGUUGUAUUGUGUGUGACCUAUACAUAUUCAGUGUUAUUUAAAGAGCGUAAAGAUCAGUAAUAAAAUCUUAUUUGCA